GUUUAACAUUUUCCAAAAAAAUAUAGUUAUGUGAGAGAAAGAGUUUUACCGAUAACCCCUGCUCCUCCUAAAAAAACACGCACUUAAACCCCAGCCGGAAAACUCAGCACCACCGUCAUCUUCCUCGUUGUAUCAGUCGAUGUCACCGUAACUGCCGUCAAAACUCAAAACCAAAACCUUCCCGGAAAAUACACCGCCGCAUGAACACCAUUUUAUCAAUAGCAUUACGGCCGCACCACCGUUUCUUCUCAAAACUCAAUAACCAAAUUCUACAACCAAAUCUCUCUGCCGAUUUAAUUACUCUCGGCGGUUUCCUCCGCUCCUCAAAACACAUCCGCCAUGACACAAUCACCUUCGGUCGAAUGGUCCCGGUCCUCAGCCGCCUUAUUGACCACUACAUAACCCCUCAAUCAAUUCUCUCAGAGUUACAAUCAAUUGGUUCUAUCAAUCUCUCUACCAUAAACAUAAACCCUAAUCCUUUUAUACAUUUGUUGAGGAUUUUCUCUCGUUCAGGUAAUCACAUCAUGGUUAUUGAAACUUGUAAUCAUAUGAUAGAGUUUCAUGGUUUUGUAAUUGAGAAGAAAACCUUUGCUUCAAACUUACUUAUGGAGUCUUUGUUUAAAACCUCUCAACAUAAAAUUGCUUUUUAUGUUUUCGAACAAACGAAAAACCCAAAUUUCCUUACUUUCAACAUUGCACUUUAUCAUCUUUCCAAUGUAAAUGACAUUGUCAAUGUUUCCUAUGUUCUUAGACAUAUGUUGAGCUUGAGUUAUUGUCCUAAUCAUAACACUUUUAGUGCGGUUUUGAAUUCGUUUUGUAGAAUGAAUGCAAUUCGGCAAGUUUAUCAGAUUUUGGGUUUAAUGGUUGGUUUAGGGGUUGAAUUGUCUGUCAAUGUUUGGACUGUACUCAUUAGUAAGUUCUGUAAAUUACGUAGGCCCGAUGUUGCUAUCGGUUUGUUUUACAAAAUGAUUCGAACUGGUUGUUCUCCUAAUGUUUUCACGUAUACUGCUUUAAUUAAAGCAUUGAUGGAAUCUAACAUGGUGAUUCAUGCUUUACGUUUGUUGAGUUAUAUGUGUUCUGAUGGUCUAGAUCUUGAUUUAGUUCUUCAUAAUGUGUUAAUUGAUUGCUUUUCGAAGGCUGGAAUGUACGAGGAUGCAUUUCUAGCUUUUGACGGGUUGACGAAACAAAUAAACAUAAAACCUGAUUUGUGUACCUAUACUUCAUUGUUACCUACAACCUGGCGGUUUGAACAGUUUGAUCUCGUACACAAAAUAGAAGAUUGCAGACUUAUAGGUUGUGAUUUAGUGUUUUGCAAUGCUCUUAUAACUUCUUAUAUUAAGGCUGGGCAUCCCGGUCGUGCUGUUAAAUUCUAUAAACGUAUGAUUGAUGAAGGUUUUAAGCCAGAUAAACAUAGUUUUGCUGGGCUACUAAUUGCACUUUGUGCUCAGAGAAGAAUUGAUAAAGCAAUUAAGGAGUAUCGUGGUGUUGCUAGAACGGCUGAUGCUCACAUCCAUACCGUGAUAGUGGAUGGGCUUAUACAGGCUGGUCAGUAUCUCAAGGCUGCCAUUGUGUUUAGAUCAGCAGCAGACAAGAAAUACCCACUUGACAGUGUAGCAUAUGCUGUUGGCAUCCGUGCACAUCUUAGAAGUGGAAAAACUCUAGAAGCCAACACUUUGUUUGACCAGAUGAAGAACAAUGGUCUGGAACCUAAUGUUCAGACAUUUAACAUGAUGCUUUUCAGUUCGUUUAAAGUAAAAGAUCGCCAAAUGGUUAAACAGUUGCUAGAAGAGAUGAUUGAUUCAAGGAUUGAGCUAAGUGACAGAAAUUUCUUCAACAUGUAUAAAUUUCGAUGCUGUUUGGAUCUAUUGCCCUAUAUUAGAGAUUUGGGUUUAUUAUCUGCCAAAGCGUUGGAUGCCUUAAGCCAUGAUGAAAGUGUAAAAGAAAAUUAUGAACAUUGUGCUGAAGUUGAUAUAGAAUGCAACCUAGUUCUGGAUUCAUCAAGUUCUGAAGAUAUGUCAGAUGUAGCUGUGUCAGUUUGUUGAGCACUUAUUGUUACUACUACUUUGUGGCCGACGUCUGAUUGAAACGUUCAUUCAAUUCCUAUAUCAUAAAACUCGGCAAUCUACCCACAAACUGGCAGAUAAUGGUAUCACUUUAUACGCCAAUUUCUGUCCGUAUCUGGAUGAGAACCAGAAAAUCAUCUUAAUCUUUGAAGCUUCAGAGACUCCAGCUAAAAUGAAGACAAAGACACUAUAGAGGAACCACAAGAUAUGGUUUGUAUAAACUCAAAAGUAGAGUUUCAGUGGACUUUGAAAGUUGAUCAGUGUUAUUUUUACUUGCGACUGUUAAUUGUCCCACCUGAGCUGGCUUAUGGAAGCAAGGGAGUAGCCAUCAAAGUUCUCAAGACCGAGCUUGCAGAUAGAGUUUGCUCAGGAAGUCUACAUCAUGAGAACUGUUAACCAUGUCAAAAAGUAUGCUACACUGAACUACUACUUCAGCCCGAGGAAUAUUGGGGUUUGACAUCAAACCGGUCUACUUUGACAUGGACUUUACUGUGUUUCUUUUAGUUGCAAAAUAUAUGGAAAUUGCCUACUGGAGCUGUUAAUGAGACCACACAAACCAAAAGCUCUAAUUGAACAUUUUCAAGGUCAAAGUUUUUGAACAAGUUAUUACAAGUGUACAGAGACAAUAUCAAGCCAAGUGAUGGGUCCCAUUCCCAGUUAUGGUGGCAUUAGAAGAGAGUCUGUGAAUGGUCUGCAACUCAAUAUCUAGUUUAUCAGCUAACCAUUGGAAGUUCAAAUAUACCACGAAAGCAGGCUAUGGUUUUACAUUUCAGAAUCGGUAACCAUCCUUAUGAUGUCACAGUUUUUCCAGUGUUAAACAUCUAAAUUCACUUUAUCCAAUGUGCAAAGAAAUACAUUUGUCAAUGUGCAAAGAAAUACAUUUUAUAUCA